AACGGGCUCAGCAAAAUAAAACUUUACCAGCUUACUUAAAAGUCAAUGAUGUGAUAUGCCAGCGGUGUUACAAUGGAAUAGUUGUUCGACCUUUGGCUGUGAUGAAAGAACAUGCUCAAUCUGCAGGUAUUGAAGACUAUCCCGAUAUAGUGGUCGAUACUCAGGAGGAUAUCUUGGAAAUAAUGUCUUUUUCAAAUGUAAUAAAAUUUAUGACUGAGGUUUUAUAUCGGCAUGAAGUUACUCAAAAAUUGUCAGUGUUUCGGACAUUUGAAGAAUUUCGUACCUGCAUAGAAGCUAAAGAUAGGCGUUUGAAAGCUUUUUUUGAUGAACUUGUAUUAUCAGCAAAUUUGUCACAAAAAAAGCAUAAAUCGUAUCCUAAAAUUAUGUCCCAGUUGCUACUCGUUU